AUGCCAAGCCCCUUCUCUAUCUUUUCUCGCAGCAGCACCACCAAAGAAACACCUAUCCCAUUCAAAGACUACUACACAAACUGGUUCAACACUCUUAAGAACACACUCCUCCCUCUCCUCCAUCAUUCCCUUUCCAGCUCUCCUUCCACUCCUACUCUCCUCUCUUCUCACCUCCACCUCAUCCUCCACCACCUCCUCUCUUACUACGAAUCUCUUGACCUUGCAGUCACCACCAAUAGCAACAAUCUUCCUUACCUUCUUUACCCUUCUUGGAGAAACUCCCUUGAAAUACCCUUCUUGUUUCUUGGUGAUCUUCACCCUUAUGUAUUCACUAACCUCCUCAGGUCAUUUCUUGAUGAAGCAGACAAUGAUGAAGACACCGAUAACGACCGUCAAGUUUUAGUCUUUGAUAGGCCUUGUCAGGUGGUGAUGGCAUGGAAAGACCCCUCUAAGCAUUUGAUAAUCAAGAUUGAGCAAAUUGAGCGUGGACUAAGGUUAAUGGUACCUGCACUUCUUGAUAGAGUGAAAAAAACACAGUCAGGGUUUGUAGGAAAGGUUGCAGAGGAAUGGGUGAAUUGUGAGGGAAAGGAGAAAAUGGAUGUUAGUGAGGCAAUGAAGGCUGAAAUGGAGGAGUUAGUGAGUGUAUUUUUGGAUGCUAAUAGGUUAAGAAGGAGUGUGAUAUCAGAGAUUGUUGGUGCACUGAAUGUUUAUCAAGGGGCUCUGUUUCUUGAAGGAUUAGCCCAAUUUCUGGUUGGGUUUCAGGACAAGAAUUUGCUCCGCGAAUUCGAAAGAUGCAAGACUCCUGUCAGUGAAAGAGUUGGGCUUUCACUCUAA